UGACAAUAAACAGUUUGAGACAUGAAUCGAAGUGGUCUUGAUCUUGUCAAGGUACAUGGAGGUGGAGGCUAUGACUCAGACUUCAGUGAUGAUGAAGGUGGGGGUGGAACAUCAAGGGAUGGAGAGAACAGAGCACGUGAAACUGAACUCCUUCAGAAGCCCUUCCAGAAAGGAAGACACACAAAGGUGGCCCACAAACAUGUCGCUGCUCAGGAAUGGGACAGAGAAGAGGCGAGAAACCGGCGACAGCACCUGAUAUCAAUGAAUGCCUUUGACAGACACAAAAAGUUUGUCAGUGAUUACAUAUUGUACUAUGGAGGAAAGUUUGAGGACUUCAGACGAUCCACCACUAAUGAUAAGACAGACAUGCACAUAGUGCGGGAAAACCACCGAUUCCUCUGGCGAGACGAGGAUGAGGAGGAUAUGACAUGGGAGAAAGAACUUGCAAAGAAGUACUAUGACAAGCUCUUCAAGGAAUACUGUAUCGCUGACCUCAGCAGAUAUAAAGAAAAUAAGUUUGGAUUUAGAUGGCGUGUUGAAAAUGAAGUUGUCUCUGGAAAAGGCCAGUUCCAGUGUGGGAGCAAACGCUGUGAGAAACAGGAGGGCCUGAAGAGCUGGGAGGUGAAUUUUGCCUACGUGGAACAGGGAGAGAAGAGGAAUGCCCUGGUUAAACUCCGACUAUGCCCUGAGUGCUCAUUCAAGCUGAAUUAUCAUCACAAGAGGAAGGAAGUGAAAGUUAAGAAAAAGCGACCGUCCGAAGAGAAUGAGGAUGAACCUCAGUCAAAGAGAUCCAAAUCGUCCCAUUCCAAGAAACAUAAACGCAAAGAAAAACACAAACACAACAAGAGGCAUAAAGAACACUAUUCUUCAAGUUCAGAGGACUCCCAAGAAUCAGACAAAGGCUCUGACGGAGAAGAAGAGAAAGAGGGUAUCUCGGAGUCAGAUCAUUGGAAAGGCCCUGCCCCCACUGUGGAGGAAAGAUCACGGGAGGAGGAGUUUGAUGAGUACUUUGAAGACAUGUUUCUGUGAGCCUGGGGAAUGUGUCUUGUCAGGGUGGUGUAAACCUGGAGUUCUUGCAUUUGUUUACUAUAGAAUGAGUGAUAAACAGAAUGUAUGUGCCCAGUUUGAUUAAAAUAUUCUCAG